UGAGUAUUAAUCGGAAUGCACAUGGUUUGGUUGACAGUCGUGCUCUCGCGUGAUAAUAGCUUCAUAUUUGCUAUAGAGCGAAUGACGAGCUGUAGUUGAGGACGGUUAUCUGGGUAUAUAAGUCCCGCGAACUCCACGAGCUAUCAUCAUCUCAUCAUCUCAUCAUCAACAUCACCAGCUCAGCUCAAACAACCUCUAAAGCUUCAUCAACACCUCAGUACCCAUCCCAAGUCCAACUAAAGCAAUACAACACAAUGGCAAUCCUCAGCAACGUCGCCAUAAUCGGAGCAUCCGGCAACAUCGGCGUUCCCGUUCUCACCGCGCUGCUCGCAGACGCCUCACUCAGCGUCACGAUCCUCGCGCGGCCCACCUCGUCAAUCCACAAGUCCCCACCAUCAGGCGGCAAACUGAUCGCCGUCGACUUUUCUGACCACUCUGCGCUCGUCAGCGCGCUUCAGGGCAUCGACGCGGUAGUCUCGACCGUGGGCGCGCCGGGCGUCGCCGCGCAAAAACAGGUGAUCGAUGCGGCGGUGGAGGCGGGCGUCAAGCGGUUUAUCCCCUCCGAGUUCGGGAGCGACCUGGAUAAUCCCAAGUCUGCGGGCCUCGCGGUGUUCGCGGGAAAGGUCGUCGUAAGGAAGCAGCUAGAGCAGCUGGCCGCACAGGGGAGGAUUACUUGGAGCGCGAUUACGCCGGGCGCGUUUUUGGAUUGGGGUAUCAAGGUCGGCUUCAUUGGCCCCAACCCGAAGACGAAGACGUCGACGCUAUUCGACGGGGGCGAGCGACCGUUCGCCGCCUCGCUGCUGAGCGACAUUGCGCAAUCGGUGGUGGGGAUCCUGCACCACCCCGAGGAGACGAAGAACAAGCUGUUGUACAUCUACAGUGCGCAGCUCACGCUGAAGCAUCUGACCGAGACGUACGAGAAGCUCCUGGGCGUGCCAAUCGAGACCACCGUCGUCAGCACCGAGCAGAUCGAGAAGGAGGCGAAUGAGAAGAUUGCGAACGGCGACCCUAGUGGGUACGUGCAGUUGAUUCCUAGGGCUAUCUUUGGCGAGGGAUACGGUGGAAGCAAUGUAGGUAGGGAUAGCAAUGCGCUGUUGGGCAUCAAGCCGCUGGAUCAGGCUGGUCUCGAGGAGGUCAUCAAGAAAUAUUUGUAGAUAGCGUACAUGCACUUCUGAGGAAAUUUGAGUUCUCUUUGAAUUUG